GCCGGUCCCGCCCACUACACCGCACGUUGGCCGCCGGCACCAGUGGGCGUGUGGCGGCCCCGCUAAUGCCUUCCUGAGCCUCCCGACGCCCUGGGCUGGCACUGACCUCGCCUUGUGAUAUACUGACAUAUCUGUUUAUUUCACGUGCACGACGCCCUUGACGGAUGAGUGUCUGCCAGUGACGGCGUUGUCGGUGAGGCCGCUGCUCUUGGCCCCGCGUGAUGGCCGAAGUCUUGAGUGGCCACAGCCUGACCAGCCCGGGCGGCGCGCGUUGAGAGUGGUGGGCGGGGCCAGCCGGUGCCCGUAACGCCGCUGUGACCACCCGUGACCGUGCUGGCGACACUCCUUAUCGCUAUCUCGGUGACGACUGUGACGCCGUUGUGACCCGCCUCCGACGCGGCCUCCGACACAGCCCCGCCACGGCUCCCUCACGCGGCAGUGACUCCACGGGACGGGUUGUGACGCAUCCCGAGUGAUCCGUCAGCGGGGAAGUGCCACGCUUGAGUCAUCGGUGCCGCCACGCCCGCCGCCCGCACGCCCAGGGAUGUAGCGGGGUUGCAGGCACCGGCGUGACCCGCGGCGAAUGACCUGCUCUGAGCUUGACGAGUCGGAGGCUUGGCGGCGAGGGUUACCGAGGCGCCGUGGACAGGGCUUCACGCACAGCCAGGGAUGCCACACACGGGCCAGGCGGGCGUUAACCAGCUUGGGGGCGUGUUUGUGAACGGGCGACCUCUCCCAGACUACGUAAGGAGACGGAUCGUGGAGAUGGCUUUGAUGGGGGUUCGUCCGUGUGACAUCUCGAGGCAGCUCCUGGUCUCCCAUGGCUGUGUGUCCAAGAUCCUGACCCGCUUUUACGAGACGGGGUCCAUCAAACCAGGCUCCAUCGGCGGUAGCAAGCCUAAGCAAGUAGCGACACCCACCGUGGUCAAGAAGAUCCUCCGCCUGAAGCAGGAGAACCCAGCACUCUUCGCCUGGGAGAUCCGGGAACAGCUGGCGGCCGCGCGCGUGUGUGAGAGCGCCUCGCUGCCCUCAGUCUCAUCCAUUAACCGCGUCCUCAGGAACUCCGGGUUGUGGACGCCCCACGAGGCAGCAGCAGCGGCAGCAGCAGCGGCGGCGGCGGCAGCAGCGGCGGCGGCGGCCAACUCCUCCUCGGCCGCCUCCGCCACCUCCUCCUCGGGGUCCUCCGCGUCUCACACCUCGCACGCCACGGUCGCCGCCGCUGCAGCCGCCACCGCCGCCACCGCCGCCUCCAUAGCCGUGGGUGAGUGCUUGGGUGUCAGGUUAUCGUGGUUUGAGUGUACGGCCGCCUUCAAACGAGUGAUUUCUCCCUCGCGGCUGUGUCUUAACCCGGUAGCUCCAGGGAUCAUGUUGCUUAAAGGCCCCUCUAAACGAGUUGAUCAGAAAAAAUCAUCACUCACGCAAACCAUUUCAUAAUAUAUAUCAACGCAUUUGUGAUCAGUUUAUGUAUCAUCUAUUUUUGGGGGUUUAUAUCAUGGCACAAAUUUGGCCCGUCGCUGCUACACGGUAAAGCCACAAAUUUGGCCCGUCGCUGCUACACGGUAAAGCCACAAAUUUGGCCCGUCGCUGCUACACGGUAAAGCCACAAAUUUGGCCCGUCGCUGCUACACGGUAAAGCCACAAAUUUGGCCUGUCGCUGCUACACGGUAAAGCCACAAAUUUGGCCCGUCGCUGCUACACGGUAAAGCCACAAAUUUGGCCCGUCGCUGCUA